UUCUCGGAGAGAAACAAAACGAAAAGUAGAAGGAAAGAAAGAAACCCUUCUUUUUUUUGUUAUUAAUCACGUCCUUGCUGUGUUUUUCAGGGUUUAGCAUACAACAGCCUGAAACAAGCUCCAGGGAUUGCAUAUCGUUUUUUGCUUCUUGCUCUUAUUGCUGCUGAUUAUUUAUAUUUUGACUAACCUACAGUUUUUGCUAUAUUUAUAGUACUAUAUAGAUAUAUAGAGAGAAAAUUUUGAGUGAAUUUUUACAGAUGGCGAUGGAUGGAAGUUUCAGUCUUGAAUCGGCUCUGGAAAGGUUCCUUACUCGUUGCCCGAAGCUUGCGACGAUUGACAAGCUCCAACGUUUUGUAGAAGCGGGGCAUACUGUGACGGAAGAAGAAGUGGUGAAGUUGUUGGCAGAGCUGUUUCUGAACCCUAAUUAUACUAUCCCUUUGAUUGGUUCUUUUCGGCCGGUAGCUCGAAAGAUAGUAGAUCAAGCUGUGGCUUUGCUUAGGAACUGCAAUCUAAGUUCUGAUUCAGAUGAUAUAGAAGGGGAUUUUGUUGAUGCUGAUGUUCUUUAUGUUAUUGAGCACUAUGAACGGAGUGGGAGGGGUUUGGAGCUUCACGAGCUUGCUUGCCUGGCCUUUUGUCGUGCCCUUGACUUGGACCAUUCUUUAUUGGGGUCUGUCACAACUUACUUUAAGUUUGCUCCGCCUCCUUUUGAACGCAUAUCGAGGAACAAAGUAGUUUCUGAGGAUCAACUGUUCCAGGCUGCAAAUCAUUACUUACUUGCUGUGAGGAUAUCAUACCGCCUCCUCCUUAUGCAACCUGAGUUCUUUUCUGAACAGUGGAACUGGUCCUGUUUUUUGGACCACGUAAAGAAGUUAGUAAAUCUUGAUCUGUUCCAUGUUGCCAAGGAUGCAAAGGCGAUCGCAGAUAUAAAAUGGUGUGGGAUACAAAUUCUGUGUACAAUUUUGGGAAUGAGUGACAAAGCAGUUGAAAAUUUUGGUGUUGGAGCUGAGGAAGCAACUUUGUGUUUGUUGCGCUGGGAGGAGUUUUGUCAGGAUGUAGCUAUAGAGAAGUUUUGCUUAUGCGUUGGAUCUUCUGAGCAGACUAACUUUGGUUCUUUCACUGGAGGCAUCAAGUUCGGUCAACAAAACUUCCUAAAGUCUUGUGGUCUUAAUUCUCUGAUAUCAUCACAUUGUCAUCAGAUUGAGCCAGUGAUUAAGAGUCGAAGGGUGGUGACAUGGGAUGAAAGGUCAACUGCCUAUCCAUUUGUCGUAACAUCUAUGAUGAGUAAAGGCUUUGAGAUGGUGCUCUUGGCAGUGAGUCAAAAAUGGCCUGUGCUACUGUAUGGCCCCCCUGGGGCUGGGAAAACUGCUCUCAUUAACAAGUUGGCUCAGGAUGCUGGGAAUCAAGUUCUAUCUAUUCACAUGGAUGAUCAAAUUGAUGGCAAAACACUGAUUGGGAGUUAUGUGUGUACUGAGCAACCUGGUGAAUUUAGAUGGCAACCUGGGUCACUUAUCCAGGCUGUUCUGAAUGGAUAUUGGGUUGUAUUUGAGGACAUUGACAAAGCACCAUCGGAUGUGCAAUCGAUCUUGUUGCCUUUGUUGGAAGGUGAAAUCGCUUUCAUUACUAGUCACGGAGAGGAAAUAAGGGUGGCGGAGAGUUUUCAACUAUUUUCUACCAUCACUACUUCCAAGAGUAAUGUAUCUCACACAGCAGAAGUUGCAGGUGGAAGUUCACUUAGCACACUUUGGAGGAGAGUGAUGAUUGGACUGCCAAGUAAUGAUGACUUGGAAAAUAUAAUGAAAGCAUGGUAUCCAAGUUUGGGACCUCUCACCGGAAGACUCAUAGAAACAAUGGAAAGAGUUAAUCCUUCUCCAUCUGGAAAUUCUGCCUGCUUAAGCUGCCUUAACAGGUUCUCAUUAAGGGACCUCCUUAAAUGGUGCAAACGAAUAGCAGAAUUAGGUUUGAAUGGGGAUAUGCUGACAGCUUAUCAGUGCCAUCUUAUCUAUCAAGAGGCUGUAGACAUAUUCGCGUCCUUUUCAGCCCCUUCUGAAAAUCGACUCACUGUAAUGAGAGACAUUGCAAAGUUGUGGGGAGUUCCCAUCUCAGAGGCAGGAAUCCUUUAUCCUUGUAAACCUGAAAUUCAGAAUUUGUUCACAGAAUUAAGAAUUGGUCGAGUUACCCUUCAACGCACUGAAACUGUGGUGCAUGGCCAAGAGAAACUUGUUGAGAUGCGGAGUUCUUUGUAUGUGCUCGAGCAAAUAGCUUGCGCUGUUAAGUACAAUGAGCCCAUUCUCUUGGUUGGUGAAACUGGAACAGGAAAGACAACACUUGUACAAAAUCUAGCCAUGAUGCUGGGUCAGAAGCUUACUGUUUUGAACUUGAGUCAACAAAGUGAUGUUGCUGAUUUGUUGGGGGGAUUUAAGCCCAUAGAUUCACUAUCUAUAUGUAUUCCUCUGUAUAAGGAGUUCGAGAUUCUAUUUUCCAAAACAUUUUCGAUGAAGGAAAAUGAUAAAAUUUUUGCUUACUUACAAAAGCAAAUGAAGAACAAGAACUGGAAAACUUUAUUAAAUGGAUUUAAAAAGUAUGUUGAUAAUUUCCAAAAAAAAUUACAGACAGAAAGAUCUGGGUCUGGGAAGAAACGGAAAAAACCUUUGGAUGAAAAUAUCAGAGCUUGGGAGAGUUUCUCUGUAAAACUUGAAGCUGCUCUUCGUCAAAUCGAAGCUUCAUCUGGAAUGCUAUUUUCAUUUGUAGAAGGAUCCUUUAUAACUGCUCUUAGAAAUGGGGAGUGGAUUUUGCUUGAUGAGGUGAAUUUGGCUCCACCUGAGACCUUGCAAAGAGUUAUUGGUGUCCUUGAAGGAGAAUAUGGAUCACUUUGCUUAGCUGAAAGAGGGGAUGUUAGUCAUAUACCUAGAAAUCCUAGUUUCCGUAUAUUUGCAUGCAUGAAUCCUGCAACUGAUGCUGGGAAGCGAGACUUGCCAUACUCAUUGCAGAGUAGAUUUACAGCAUACUUUGUCCAUGAUGUGUUGGAUAGAGAUGAUUUGAAGUUAUUUAUUAACAAAUUUAUGGAGGAAAGCAUAUCAAAUAUUGAACUUGAAAAGAAAAUAAUUGAUUUCUAUGAAGCAGCCAAAAAGAACUCUGAAGAAAGGCUGCAAGAUGGGGCCAAUCAGAAGCCACAAUACAGUUUAAGGUCUUUAUACCGUGCACUAGAAUAUACCAGGGGGGCAAAGGGAAAAUUUGGAUUUCCAAAAGCAAUUUAUGAUGGAUUCUGCAUGUUCUUUCUUACUAUGUUGGACAGACCUAGUGCCAAGAUUAUGAAAAAGAUGAUAAAGGAGAAAUUGCUGGGAGGAAAUAAACCUUCACCUGUACCUUUUGAUGCUUACUUGAGGAUUACAAAAAUCUCUGGUUUUGAUGAUUUAUAUAAGAAUUAUGUUCUAACGAAGAGUGUUAAGAAGCAACUUGAGAACUUGGCACGUGCGGUUUUUAUUAAGAGAUAUCCUGUUCUGUUACAGGGUCCCACUUCUAGUGGGAAAACUAGCCUUGUCCAGUAUCUUGCUGCAAGAACUGGGCAUGAAUUUGUACGGAUAAAUAAUCAUGAACAUACUGAUCUACAGGAAUAUUUGGGUUCCUAUAUAUCUGAUGCGCAAGGGAAGCUUGUAUUUCAGGAAGGCAUAUUAGUUAAGGCUGUUCGCAAUGGUCACUGGAUUGUUCUGGAUGAGCUCAAUCUUGCUCCUUCAGAUGUGCUGGAAGCAUUGAAUCGAUUGUUAGAUGACAAUAGAGAACUCUUUUUGCCUGAAUUGCGAGAAACUGUUCGGGCACAUCCAAAUUUUAUGCUUUUUGCCACCCAAAAUCCACCUACGUUCUAUGGUGGGCGUAAAAUGCUUUCCCGAGCCUUCCGAAACCGUUUUGUGGAGGUUCAUGUGGAUGAAAUUCCAGAUGAUGAGUUGAGCACAAUAAUAGAGAAAAGGUGUAAAAUACCUGGAAGCCGUGCUAGGUUGAUGGUUGAAGUAAUGAAGGAGUUACAGUUUCACAGGCAGAGUAGCAAAGUUUUUGCUGGGAAACAUGGAUUCAUAACUCCACGAGACUUGUUUCGCUGGGCAAAUCGUUUGAGGGCUUUUGGAGAUUCUAAAGAAGUCAUGGCUGAGCAUGGUUAUUAUCUUUUGGCUGACAGAUUGCGGGAUGAAAGAGAGAGGCAUGUGGUUCAAGAAGUUUUGGAAAGGCGUCUACGUGUGAAAAUUGUCAGAGAUCACUUGUACAAGGAAUCAGUUGCAAGGGAAUCAGAAUCAAUUGGAAGUGAUUUGCAGAGUUUGGGCGAUGUCAUACUCACCCGAAGUAUGAGGAGAUUGUAUUUCCUUGUCAAGCGUUGUUUUGAGUUGCGUGAACCUGUGCUUCUUGUUGGCGAAACUGGUGGCGGGAAGACUACUGUCUGUCAGUUACUGAGUAGAGCAUUGGGGUUAAAAUUACACAUCUUGAAUUGCCACCAAUACACCGAAACAUCUGAUUUCAUUGGGGGGUUCUUUCCUGUUCGAGAGAGAUCACGACUAGCAUCAGAAUUCAAAUAUAUAAUUGAAAAAUGGAUGCUUUCAAAAGCUUAUACCCACUUUGCUCAGGACUUGGAUCUUUCUUCUGAUAUUGGUCAGGCUUCUUCCACUCUUGAUCACCUCAAUCUAAUAAUAACAAGCUAUAGACAAGGCCAAGUUUCAUGUCCUAAUGUCAGUGCGAAAGACAUCGACACUCUUGAGCAGAUGAAGUGGGACCUGACAUGUUUACUUCAGAAGUGGCAAACAAUAUUUAUGUGGCAAGAUGGGCCUCUAGUGCAAGCAAUGAAGGCUGGUGAUCUGUUUCUUGUUGAUGAAAUUUCUUUGGCUGAUGAUAGUGUAUUGGAAAGGUUGAACAGUGUCUUGGAGCCAGAGAGAAAAUUGUCAUUGGCUGAGAAAGGAGGGCCAGUCAUGGAAAAUAUUACUGCUCAUGAAAAUUUUUUCGUCCUUGCAACUAUGAAUCCUGGUGGGGAUUAUGGUAAGAAAGAAUUAUCUCCAGCUCUUCGCAACAGGUUCACCGAAAUUUGGGUUCCUCCUGUUUGUGAUUUAGAUGAACUUGGAGAUAUUGCUUCAAAAAGACUUUCCAAUCCAGAACUCUCAUACAUUGUGGGUGCUAUGCUGAAGUUCUGGGAGUGGUUCAACAAGCUAGAGAAAGGGAGGGCGCUCACUGUGAGAGAUCUCCUCUCUUGGAUUCAGUUUAUUAUGGUGACCAAAGAAGGUUUAGGACCUGAUUGUGCAUUCCUCCAUGGGCUUUUCCUUGUUUUACUUGAUGGAAUAAGCCUAGGUACUGGUAUUUCCAGAAAGGAUGCAGGAUUAUUUAGAGAGACAUGCCUGUCUUUUCUUUUGAAAGAAUUGAAGGAGGAUAGUAAUCUACAUGAACUUUCAUUUAUUGAAAAUUAUGGUUGGGGUGAUCUUGGAGAAACUGGCAAUAUUUCAUGCAGUGAUGAUAUGCAGUGUGACAAUAGCUUUGGUAUAGAUCCGUUUUACAUUGAAAAAGGUUAUGAAAAAUGUGAGGCUGGUGGUUUUGAAUUUUUGACACCAACAACACGAAGAAAUGCUUUGCGUGUUUUGCGAGCUAUGCAGCUUCCAAAGCCUGUUUUACUGGAAGGCAGUCCUGGUGUUGGUAAGACAAGCUUGAUUAUUGCCUUGGGAAAAUAUUCUGGGCACAAAGUUGUCCGCAUAAAUUUGUCUGAGCAGACUGACCUAAUGGAUCUGCUGGGAACGGACCUACCUGUUGAAAGUGAUGAAGGGAUGAAAUUUGCAUGGUCUGAUGGAAUCUUGCUACAGGCUCUAAAGGAGGGUUGUUGGGUUUUGCUGGAUGAGCUUAAUCUUGCCCCACAGUCUGUCUUAGAGGGCUUGAAUGCUAUACUGGAUCAUCGUGCCGAGGUCUUCAUUCCAGAGCUUAGCCUUACCUUUAAAUGUCCAUCAUCUUUCAGAAUAUUUGCAUGUCAAAAUCCUUUUUCUCAAGGUGGUGGCAGAAAAGGCCUUCCCAAAUCCUUUCUGAACCGUUUCACUAAGGUGUACAUAGAUGAGUUAGUAGAAGGUGAUUAUCUUUCCAUCUGUAAUUCGCUUUAUCCCUCCAUUCCAAGACCCUUGCUUUCAAAACUGAUUGUCUUCAAUAAAAGGCUACAUGAAGACACUAUGUUAUAUCACAAGUUCGGUCAAGAUGGCUCCCCUUGGGAGUUCAAUUUGCGUGAUGUGAUUCGUUCAUGUCAGAUCAUUGAAGGUGUGCCUGAGAAGUUGAAGGUUGAUUGCUUUCUCAACAUUCUCUAUGUUCAGAGAAUGCGUACUGCUGCUGACCGCAAAGAAGUCCUGCGGAUCUAUGAAGAGGUAUUUGGGGUUAAACCAUUCAUUAAUCCUCACCCACGAGUGCAGCUAAAUUCUAAGUAUUUGAUUGUGGGGAACACUGUCAUCAAAAGGAACAUUUCACGGUCAUCCAAGCUUUCAAACAGUGGAUUGAAUAUUAUCCCCAGUAUUCGCCACAGCAUGGAAGCUGUUGUCCAUUGUAUAAAACAUCAAUGGUUGUGCAUCCUGGUUGGUCCACCUUGUUCAGGGAAGACUUCACUGAUAAGACUAUUAGCUCAGCUCACUGGCAAUGUGCUAAAUGAAUUGAGCCUUUCAACUACAACUGAUAUAUCCGAGUUGCUUGGAUGUUUUGAGCAGUAUAAUGCCUUUCGCAAUUUUAGGUCCGUCAUUGCUCAAGUUGAGCGCUAUGUUAGUGAGUACUGCAACUUGCAAUUGGAGUUUUCAAAGGUGGCAUUUAUGAGUGAAAGAACUGAUUUGAUCACCAAAUGGCUAGCUUUCUUAUCUACUAUGAAUUCCAGCUCCAUGGCAAGUUCUACUUCUAUUCAUCUGGAGAACUGGGAGAGCAUGAUGAACUCUCUUAGUUUGCUUGUUGAGAUCAUUCAACAAAUGAAGUUGGAUAUUGUACAAAAUGAAUUACCUUUUUCUUGGUCAACUGAAGAGCUAAAUAAAACCAUCAAGGUAAUCUCAAAGCUGCAAGAUGAUCAACAAAGAAGGUCACGUUCAGUUAAGUUUGAAUGGGUGGCAGGAUUACUCAUCAAGGCAAUAGAAAAUGGGGAAUGGAUUGUUCUAGAGAAUGCAAAUCUUUGCAAUCCCACGGUUCUUGAUAGAAUCAACUCUUUGGUGGAGCCGAGUGGUUCGAUUACAGUUAAUGAGUGUGGGAUAGUUGAUGGAAGCUCAGUGGUUCUUCAUCCACACCAUAAUUUUCGAAUUUUCCUCACAGUUAAUCCAAGCCAUGGUGAAGUGUCCCGAGCAAUGCGAAACAGAGGAGUUGAAAUCUUUAUGAUGCCGCCAUACUGGCUACAUAAUGACGAAAGUGGCUGCAGUGGUGCAGACUUUGAACUUAAGGAUGUAAAAAGAUUUCUUGUUUCAUCUGGCAUUCCUAUGGAUAGAUUAGUUGAUUCAAUGGCCAAAGCUCAUGUUUAUGCCAAGAAUGAAGGCUUGCAUGUUAAUGUUCAAAUCACAUAUCUUGAGCUUGCCCACUGGGUCCAGUUAUUUCAUCAGCUUCUCAUAAAUGGUAACCAGCCUUUCUGGAGCCUCCAACUAAGUUGGGAACAUACUUAUUUAUCUUCUUUAGGUGAAGCUGUGGGAUGGGAUAUUGUCAAUCACGCAAAAGUUGCUUACUUCUCAACCGCAACGUUGUCAGAAUCUGAUUUGCCCACAGAGUUUUCAUUUUAUUUGCCUGGGGGGUUGCCAGUGCCAAUGAAGUUGAGGGAUUUUAUGUGGUAUUCAAAAGAAGCUUCUGUCAGACAGAAUCUCAUGUAUUUGGAGUACCUUGUGUCUCAGUAUGAGUUAGGAUCUUCAAGGAACAGGAGCUGUGUGGACGAUGCUUUGUCUGCUCCUAGCCACAAGGGAAACGGUUUGAUGGAUAUGAACAUGAAAGGGCAGCUCGUGUUUCCUAAGGCUCUGAACUGCAUGAAUGCUAACUCUGUUAGGAACACAGAAAUUGACAUGAAGCUGACGAAGAGGAUGCUAUUGUUUGCUGCCAACUGGACAAUUGAACAAGCAACUGGAAGUGAUUAUAAACUUUAUCUUCUCCACUUUAGCUGGUUUAGUUCCAAACUGCAAUCAUGUGAUAAUUUUUUCAGAUCUUUUCUGCAUUUACUCGAACAAGAAUUGGAGCAUCCUAUUUGGAAGUGUAUUUUUCAUUCCUUCCAUGAGCUUGCAUCCCUUCCUGCUGCAGAUUCUAGCCUGCAUCUGACACCGUUGCUUUCACUUGAUUUUGUUGAUUUAACUAUGUCAUAUGACAGGCCAGAAGUGUCACAUAAAUUCCUUUGCAAUGCUAUUAACUGUAUAGACCUUCUGAGGCUUUCAUAUCAACAGUGGAAUGCUCAAAGGGAGCAUGAAUAUACUAAUGAAGCUCAGCAUUUCAAACCUGUCUUGGAUGCUCUGCAGGAGUUGGAAAAGGAAAUUCUUAAUAUGCUUGUUGAAUCUCCAUCUUACAAUGUCCUGAUAAAAUUAUACAGUGACAUUCUUGAAGAUCACCUGACAUUUUGGGAUGUUUUUACCUCAUCCCGGUUCGAGAAAUUGCCUUUUUCUUGGCAUUCUUUGAUGAAGGAUGUUUUGAAAUUGCGGGAUUUCUGUCCUGGAGCUGUUGACAAUCUAUUCAUGAUUGCUGAGAAUAUAGAUAAAAAACUUAAUCAACACUCACAACAAUCUUUGCUCUGGAUUCAUGGUGGUCAUCCAAUUUUACCUGCAUCUGCUGAAUUAUUUAAGCAGCAGCAGUUGUUUAUAGAGCUAUGCGAGUCAGUUUGGCCAACAAAGGCAAAUCCCUAUAAUCAAGGGGAUGAUUGUCUCGUUGAGAUGGCCACAUCUUCCACCCCUGAACUUCGCUUCCUUGCAGUUCAAGGUAUAUGCAUGUCAGCAUAUAUUACCAGUAGAUUUGAUGAAGAUAGUGGUGAAGUUGCUCUGCAUUUGGCGGACAUGAGUCAAAUGCUGUUGAAAAGAUUUGAAUAUGAGAAAAGCAAAUUGGAGGCAAAGUCAAAGUCCGUUGAGACUGCUACUAUCGAGGGAAAUUCAAUAUCUUGCUGUGAUUUCUCUCCUGAAGCACGGUGUACAAAACCUGGCUUUGCUUGUUGGCUGGAAACGCGUCCUAUUAUUGACAAUACAAGUUUUUUCCUUGACAUGGAUCUACUUCAAAAGCUUUCAAUGAUUGUUUUGGUUGAUCACAAAGAAUGUCAGCUGGCUUUGGGCAGUGUAUCUAACCUGAUAGAGUCUGCCAUGAAACAUUCUUUAACCUUUUCAACAAGACCUCCCCAAAAUUUUAUACCUCAUCAAAAAAUUUUGUGGACACUUGAUGCAUGGAUGUCGGUGGAUGCAGUGAACGCAAAAAUUGCCAGUUAUGUUCUUGAAAUGUGGUUUUGGUGGCAUUCGUCUUUGUGGAGCCAUUGCCCUGUUUUUUCUGAGAACUUUGGAAAAGUUGAUGGUUAUCAUACUCCACUGCCUGAUAUGCUAGUUCAAUCUGUGCGGACUGCAUCUGUUGUCCAAUCUCUGCGAAGAACAUGUGCUAUUAAGGAUUAUUCUGUGCACUGCUUGAAGCUUAAAGCUGCUUCGUGCAACUUGUGGCAAAGUUCUUUACCAGGGAUGGACUUAUCCAGUUUUCUCUUAUCUGUUACUCGCUCUCUCUUCCAACAGAUUAUAUAUGCACACAGAAAGGCAUUUGAUGCUGAUAAGUUUGCUGCAAUCAAGUCCAUAUUUUGCUCCUUCCAUAAGAAUGUGGCAACGCAAGAUGACAUACAGCGUUUGGUAUCAAUUCUUGGAUCGUCAAACCAUCAAAAGCUGAACUCCUUGGUGUCUUUGUUCAUUGAGCCAAUACUUAAAAAGCUUUAUCUUCACUGCUCAUCCACCGAGGUGUACUUGAACAUGGGCCAUGCAUGCUUAAAAAUCGGGGCUUUACGUUUUAGUCUCUUGCUUAGCUGUGAUGAUUUCGACCCUGCCAUGAAAUAUUCUUUCAAGCACUCUCAACUAGAAGAAAGGAUUUCAUCUCUUGAGCUUGAAAUAAAGGUGCGGCAAGAAUGUGACUAUCUUGCAGGGCGGUUAUCCUCAAUAGAGGCUGAUAAAAAGCGAGCAGAUUCAUUAGAAAGGCUUGAAUUUGAGUGUAGAAGGAUUCAGAAAAAGAUGGUGUUCCGCUGUAAUCCUUUAAAAUUUAAUGCUUUGAGAAAGGAAUGUGGAGAGUUCCUUAAACCUGCUAGGAUGGUUGUGGGUUUGGUGGAUAACAUUGAAGGUAUGGAUUUACAACAAGUUCUUGAACAAGCAUCCAAUUGGCAGGCAACAGCAACCUCUUUUAUUGACCGAUUAUCAGAUGAAUACAAGGAGUACAUUGAUUUAGCUCAGCCAUUUCAAGUUGCAGUAUAUGAAAUGAAAUUGGGCCUGUCGCUGGUCCUAUCAUUUGCCUUGCUCAAGAAGGUUCUGAAUAGAAUCAAAGAGGAUAACAUGGAUAGAGUCAUGGAAUCAAUUUAUUCAUUUAUGAGAUUUCCUCGUGUACGUGCAUUCGUACCAAGUUCUUCUCAUAGCAUAGGCAGUCCUGCUACCUUUUGGGACCGUGAAAUGGGUUUUCUGGAAAAGCUGAUUAUGCUUUCUAGUGAAGUCACUACUGAAAAAAUGGGGUCUAUCUUGCAACUCAAAACUGGUCUUUAUCAGAAUAUUGUUGUCCGUGUUGCACAUUUUGUAGCUGAUGCACGGAGGAUUGAUGAUGCUUCUUUCAAGAUAUUGGAUAAGAUGUUCCAUGAAUUUGCCAACAUGUGGAUGAAUAUGAAAGUUCAAGUAAAAUGCAAAGAAGGCGAUGAUGCUCAACAAUACAAGUUCAGGCCUCGUGCCUUAGAGAUCAAAAGCAUUGUUGAUGUUGAUUUUUCUACUCUUGACCAAUUCUUUCCAAAUGAUAGCUUUUCAGAAUGGCAGGAGUUUCUCUCUGAAGAGGAAUCUUUAGAAAAGUUGGAAGCUAGCAAGCAUGAGAGUGUCCAGGAUGAAUGGAACCUUAUGCAGGAAACCAUCAUGAAGAAUAUGAUCUGCAUACACAACCAAUUAUUUGGGUCCACCAAUCUUGUUCUAUAUGCUGGAACUUGCCAUGUUGUUGAGGCUGAUAGGUUGCAUUCAUUCACCAACUCUUACACAUUAGGGGUGGGGAUGAUUGAAGGGUUAGGAGGUCUGCUAACCUCCAGUUUGGAUGGAAAACUCAUACCAGAGCAUUUACUUCGCCUUUGUUUAGAGCAUGGUUCGAAACUUGUCUCUUCUCAAAAAUCAUCGGCCAAUUACAAUUUUUACAAGGAUUCAAAUGCACCCAUGAUGGCUAAAAUGGUGAAGUUAGUUGCUAAUCUUCAACAGCAAAUACAUAGCUUUUUGAGUGAGUGGGAAGAUCACCCAGGUCUCCAAAAAAUCACGGAUACCAUUCAAAUGCUGUUGGCUAUUCCAGUGGAGACCCCUCUUGCCAAGGCUCUUUUGGGAUUGCAAUUCUUACUUAACAGGGCCAGAGCAUUACAGGAAAAUGAAUCAAAAUUCCCUCUCUCUGAUCAAUUGGAACCUAUUUCUGCUCUGGUAUGCUCAUGGCAAAAGAUGGAAUUCGACUCAUGGCCCGCUUUGCUUCAUGAAGUGCAGGAGCAAUAUGACAUUAAUGCUGGCAAGUUGUGGUUUCCUCUAUUUUCAGUUUUGCAUCACAGUCAUUUUGCUGAUAUUGCUGGAUAUGAGCAAUCUACUAUAGAAAGUUUAGAGGAGUUCAUUCGAACUUCCAGCAUCGGUGAAUUUAGAGCGCGCCUUCAACUUCUUUUUUCUCUCCACGGUCAAAUCACUGCUGGCAGAUGCCUAGAAGUGCAAAAUUAUUCAAGUAUGCGGCAGGAAAAAAAUCUACAGAUUCUGUAUAAUGUUUUCGGAUACUACAUUCAGUUCUUGCCAAGAAUAUUGGAGGACAUUGAAGCUAACAGAAAAGGUAUUGAGAUGGAACUGAAGGACAUUUUGAAGCUAUUCCAUUGGGAACGAACAGAGAUUUGCUUGUCUGUUGAAAACUCAAAAAGGACCCGACAGAAGCUUAGAAAGCUAAUACUAAAGUACACAGAUUUGCUGCAACAACCUGUAAUGCUUAUUCUUGACCGAGAAGCACAGCAGAAAGGACCAAAAAUUCAUUCUCUACAAUUUCCAAAGGCCUUGAAGGAUAACAAGAACACUAUUUCAGAUCUGACACAGUUCUGUGAAAAAGACAGGUCUAUAUGGUUAGCUGAUUGGAGGAAAAAAGUAACUGAUACUUUGCAGGACAUGCACUUCAAAAACACUCUGGGAUUAAGUUUUCUUGAUAAUAAAGAUGUCACAAGUAUCACCAGGCAAUGCCUCGCUUCCCAUUCUUCUCACCUAUCACGUGAUGAACAGUGGAAUGUUUUGUGUUGGACAGUGGAAAAGAUAUUCAAAACUGCUAUGGAUUGUGAUGAUCUCUGGAAUGACACAGGAAAAGGUGUAGGGAAGAAAAGGGCUUUAUCUGAACUUCUAAAAUUAUUAGAUACUAGUGGGUUGCAUAAACACAAGUUUGAAAUUAUGAAGAUAUCCAACAGCUCCAACUGGUUGUUCAUUCAACCAUCAUACAAUGCACAGCAUUUGUUGCUGACACCAAGUAGACUAUCUGGUGAAGCUUUUGAUGUUUCUACUUCCAGUGAAUUGCAAUGUUUGCCCGAUGACUAUGUGGAUACUAUGUGGAAAUCAGCCAAUGAGUUUUACUUCAAAAGUGUGGCAUCUGUGCAGUUUAUGCAAAGGAUAUGCCUGAAACCCCAUGGUGAUAUUACUUAUGAUCAGGCUAGUAGGGCAGUCUCUUUUCUUAACCAUCUCAUUAUUAUACAACAAUCACAACGUGCAGCUGCCUAUGGUUUUUCUAAGCAAUUGAAGUGCUUGCGGGAAUGUACAUAUGCUUUUGAAAACUCGUACGUAAAGUGCACUGACAUUGAUGAAAGAACUAGCAGUGAGUACUCUAUUGUACAAAAUCAGCAUGCCUUCUUUCAGUGCAUGUGGAAACAAAAGCAACUUUUUGAUGGUCUAACUACUCUGUUGGCUGAGGAAUCACUGUUGCUGAGAACAGUGGAAAGCACCCAUUUGAAGUCUUGUCGAAGUGUCAGACCUGCUGCAAAUCAUGUGCUUCAAUUCAUUGAAAAAUUUAUCCCAGUUACACAGAAAUCCAAGGAGUCAUUGGAUAACUAUCUUCUUGGUCCACUAGGAGGCCUGCAAAGUCUUCUCCAGGAAUCAUUGGAUAAAUCUCUACUUGGCCGUGUUGUUACUAUAUCUGCUGGACCUUCACGUCCUUACAUUAUUUCAAAACAAAUGGAACAGUUGGUGUAUAAAAACUUCCAAGUCAUUAAGGAGUUUGAGGAGCAUUUCUUUGAUUUCCGUAAGCAAGACUGGAAUAGAAGCUUCAUCAUAGAGACACUGCUUGGUCAUUUUGAUGACGUAUUUAAAGAGGGGAAGAUGUUGGCUGACCAGUUUGAGGCUGCUCUGAAGCAAAGGAGCCAGUCAAGAGAUUCAAGUGAAGAGGUUGACUACAACAGUGGAAAUAACUAUCAGCUUGAAGCUGAUUUUGACAGUGCCCUCAAGAAAGCGCACAACCUUGUUAUGGAGGCUUUGGAAAAACAAAUUUCUCCAGGUGAUGGAGGCGCUCUCUCUGAAGAAUCAUUGGAGAAUAUUUCUUCAUGGGAAUAUUUAUUUAAAUCAUCUGUUCAAAGCUUGAAUGUGGAAGAAUUAUGUGAUAUUCUUCUCAAUAUAAUAACUUGUGCGAAAAAAAUGGUGGAUCAUUCUGGCAGUGAAACUUCCCAUAUUUCUUUUCACAUUGGAAGGUGUUUUCAGCAUCUUCAUUUACUUUUGGAGCUAAUAUUGGGUUUCUGUGAUGGAUUACUUCAAGAUCUUUUAGCGAUGCAUAAAACAGUAUCUAUAAUGAGCCGUGAGCUGGCAAAUGUUUUGGCUUCAUUGUUCUCCAAAGGUUUCGGCAUUCCUGUCAAAGACGAGGUAGAUGAAGCUAGUCAUGAUACAUCUCAAACUGCAAGUGGAACUGGCAUGGGGGAAGGUUCUGGACUUAAUGAUGUCAGUGAUCAGAUAACUGAUGAAGAUCAACUUCUUGGAACUUCUGAAAAGGCAUGUGAUGAACAAGAUGCCUCAGGUGAAGUUCCAAAUAAGAAUGAGAAAGGUAUUGAGAUGGAGGAUCUUACGGCUGAUACAUUUAGUGUGAGUGAUGACUCUGGAGAGGAUAAUGAGGAAGACGGCGAGGAUGAGCAACUGGAUUCUGCAAUGGGGGAAGCUGGAUUAGACAGUGAAGUUGUUGAUGAGAAACUUCAGAAUAAGGAUGAAGAUGAUAACCCUAAUAACACAAAUGAAAGAUACGAAUCUGGGCCGUCAGUUAGGGACAAUGAUACAAGUAGCCGGGAGCUUAGGGCCAAGGAGGAUUCUGCUGCUAUUGCUGAUGAUGAACCUGGAGAACCUGAUAAACAAAAUAAUGAAAUUGGAAACCAGGAUGAUCUUGAUGAUGGAGAAGAGAACACAGAUGACAUGAAUAUGGAUAAGGAAGCAGCAUUUACUGAUCCAACUGGAUUAAAGCUUGAUGAAUCAAAUCAAGGUGCUGAAGAGGAUAUGGAGAUGGAUGAGGACAUGAAUGAAGAAGGUGACUUGGAUUCAAAAGAAGAAAUAAGUCCAGAAGAGGGUGAUGAGUCUGCUGAGCAUGGAAACUAUGAGGAAGACAACACAAUUUCUGCUGAUGAAACUAUGGAAGAACCAGAUAGCGAACCAGUUGAUGGAACUUCUGUAAAAGAUGAACCAGGGAGGGAUAGAGAAGAGAGAUCUGAGACCAAUGCAAUGGAACCAAGAAAAGAUGAAUUUGAACUUGGAAUUUCUGAUCUAAUUAGUGAUCAUGUGCAUGGUGCAGAAUCUGCAACACAGCCGAAUGGUCCUUCCCAGGCAUCUGAUUCAAAAAAUGCGACAGCAGAAGCAAACAUGUCUAACAUAAGUGAAGCUCACAAUGACCUUGCUCUGAGAAGCUUUCCUUCUGGAAAUACUUCUCAGAAUGAUCUGAUGGUCUCAGAUUCAUCAAACAGUGGAGGAUUUACUAAUGAUAAAAAACAAGCUCAGUUCCCUGAGAGGGAAUCAUCAUCUGAUCAGAGAGCCCAACCAAAUCCUUACAGAAAUGUUGGGGAUGCGCUUGAGGAGUGGAAAGAAAGAGUCAAAGUGUCUGUUGAUCUGCCAGGAGACACCACUGAGGCGUCAGGUGAGAUAGAGGACAAGAAUGCUGAUGACUAUGCCUUCGUCUCUGAGUUUGAAAAGGGAACAGAUCAAGCAUUGGGACCUGCCACCUCUGAGCAGGUUGAGUCCAAUGUCAAUGUAAAUAGGAGUGAUGAAGAUAGUCUCGCUGCUCAAAGGGAUGAAGUCACCAAGAUGGAGAUUGAGGAGAGAGAUGCUAAAGAAUGGCAUCUGAAUAACUCUGCCUCAAUCCUAAAAAAUAAGAUGGAAGAGCAGUUGCAGAUCUCAGAUUUUAAGUCGGAAAAGGAGGGAUCCCCUGAAGUUCAGGAUCAUGAUGGUGGUGAUCCACAAAAUCUGCCUGAGAGUGCGAUCUCUGUCAGGAAGUCUUAUUUGAGUGAGGACGUAUAUCAACCCGAUAAUCUUCGUGUAGAUGACGACGACUUGGGGAAAGCCCAGGGUCCUGAAGAAGUUCCUCUUGAUGUCAAAAGUAGUGCUUCUGCUCUUUGGAGCAGAUACGAGUUGCGCACAACAAGGUUGUCCCAAGAAUUGGCUGAACAGUUACGUCUUGUUUUGGAACCUACUGUAGCCAGUAAGCUUCAAGGGGAUUAUAAGACUGGCAAACGAAUUAACAUGAAGAAGGUAAUUCCUUACAUAGCAAGUCACUACCGAAAAGAUAAAAUAUGGCUGAGGCGAACUCGGCCUAACAAACGUGAUUACCAAGUCGUCAUUGCUGUGGAUGAUUCUCGCAGUAUGUCUGAGAGUUGCUGUGGGGACGUCGCAAUUGAAGCUUUAGUGACCGUAUGUCGUGCCAUGUCUCAACUGGAAAUGGGUAACAUGGCUGUUGCAAGUUUUGGAAAGAAGGGAAAUAUAAGAUCCCUGCAUGAUUUUGAUCAGCCUUUCACGGGGGAGGCUGGGAAAAAGAUCAUCUCCAGUUUGACAUUCAAGCAAGAGAAUACCAUUGCAGAUGAACCUGUUGUAGAUCUUUUAAAGUAUCUAAACAACAUGCUGGAUGCUGCAGUUGCAAAAGCACGACUUCCUUCUGGGCAGAACCCGCUGCAACAGCUUGUCUUGAUUAUUGCAGAUGGUCGGUUCCAUGAAAAGGAGAAAUUGAAGCGUUGUGUUAGGGACUUUUUAAGUCGGAAGCGAAUGGUGGCAUUUCUGGUGCUGGACAGCCCGCAGGAGUCAAUCAUGGACCAGAUGGAAGCAUCAUUUGUGGGUGAAGGUGAAAAAAGAGUGCUCAAAUUUACAAAAUACCUUGAUUCCUUUCCCUUCCCAUAUUAUAUUGUACUGAAGAACAUCGAAGCUCUUCCAAGGACUCUUGCCGAUUUAUUAAGACAGUGGUUUGAGCUCAUGCAGUAUUCAAGGGAGUGAGUCUUUUCCCUCUGAUAGGCUUUGUAUAGCUAUAUAUAUAUAGUUCCGGCGAGAGAAAUAUUUCGAGGAAGAUAUAGAUAUAGUAGCAUCUUUAAAGUUCUUAAGCUAUAAUGUUGAAUAUCACCAUCAUAUAUCAUCAUCAAUGGAAAAAUCAAGUUCUUUUUUGCCA